AUGGGGUACGGUGAUGGUGAAACGCACAAGAAGAUCGAGAUCAGGUUCAUCGACAGCUGUCGCUUCAUGGGAUCAAGCUUAGAGAAAUUGGCAAGCAACCUCAUCGGUAGAAACACGGCAGGUAUGAAAUGUCGGCAGUGCGCAGAUACAUGUUUGGAAUUUCAGAGCAUCGACCCCGAGUAUAUGGCAAGCUUUUGGUGCAAGGCUAGUGACUCGAAUACCACGAAGCAGCUAGACAUGGAGCAGGUAAAAACAAACACACCAGCCAUGGCAAGAUUCAUCUCCGGGGAUGAUUUCUUCAGGCUGAUGUUUCGAAAAGGUGUCUAUCCCUACGAAUACAUGGAUAGCUGGCGACGAUUCAAAGAAACUGAUCUACCUCCCAAGGAGGCUUUCUAUAGCAAGUUGAAUAUGAAGGGAAUCAGCGACAACGACUAUGAACACACAAAAACAGUCUGGAAUUUCAUCGCUCAAAAGGGUGCUGAGGUCAACAUGGGUGACUACCAUGAUAUGUACCUCGUCACAGACGUCCUGCUGCUGGCCGAUUCUAGAGCUUUCGAGGAUGCACCAGGCCUGGCAUGGAAAGCUGCGUUGAAGUACACAGAAAUCAAGCUGGAGCUCCUUACGGAUCCUGACAUGCUUCUGAUGUUUGAAAAAGGUAUUCGAGGUGGUAUAACUCAAGCUGUGCACAUAUAUGCCAAAGCCAACAACAAGUACAUGGAGGAUCAAUACGACCCGGAGGCUGAGUCAUCAUACUUGCAGUACCUCGAUGCCAACAAUUUGUACGGUUGGGCCAUGCGACAAGACCUGCUAACGCAUGGAUUCAAAUGGUUAUCGAACGUUGAGACCUUUACAGAGAAGCACAUCAGCAAACUCGUCGCUGACAACAAGCACGGCUACAUCUUGGAAGUUGAUAUCGAUUAUCCAAACAGCCUACAUGACAAGCACAACGAGCUGCCUUUCUUGCCGGAGCGCAAGAUGGUUCACAGGGCCGAGAAACUGAUACCAAAUCUCGAGCACAAGCGGAAGUACGUUGUGCAAAUCCGAGCCCUUCAUCAAGCUUUAAAGCAUGGGCUCGAGCUUAAGAAGGUGUAUAGAGUCAUCCAGUUUAACCAGAAGCCAUGGUUGCGGGAUUAUAUUGACCACAAGACGGGGCUUCAAACAGCCGCCAAAAACGAGUUCGAGAAGGACUUUUACAAGCUUAUAAAUCUCUCGGUGUUCGGAAAGACCAUGGAGAAUUUGAGGAAUCAUCAUAACAUACAGUUGGUUACUAACGAGGAGAAGUACACGAAGCUCGUCAUGAAGCCCAAUUUCAAAGGUGGGAACUACUUCAGCAGCCAUUUCAUGGGCGUGGAAAUGUGUAAAACAGAGGUAAAGAUGAACAAGCCCGUAAGAUUUUACCGCGAUAUUGCUGAUGAUGUAGAGACACGUUUCGAUACGAGUGCCUAUGGUAAGGAUGACAACAAACCUCUCCCCAUUGGCAAAAACAAGAAAGUCGUGGGCUUCAUGAAGAAUAAAUUAAGCGACAAAAUCAUGACAGAAUUCAUCACCCUGAGAGCAAAGUUGUACGCCUAUAAAAGUCUCACGAAAGAGGGCGGCGAUCGCAAAGCGAAAGGUGUGAAGAAGUGCUUCAUGAAGAAAUUCAUCACCUUUGAAGACUGUCAGCGCUGCCUAGAGAAUGGCGUCGACAUAUACAAGACCUGGGUCUGUAUUCAGAACAAGGGACAUCAAAUCCACACGCAGGAAGUGAACAAGCUGGCACUCAAUAGGGCAGAUGACAAACGGAUAGUGCAACCAGACCAGAUCACAACGCUCGCCAGGGGCCAUUAUCGCUUAGUGGCAAAUAAAUGA